AUCACUGAGGACCCCCUAGAUACCACCCUCUCCGCUCUCGUCCAGUGGUCCAACCCGCCCCUCCCUUUGGGGGAGGGGACGCCUACACGGUGACCUGGUUUAUGGAGAACUGUCAGAUUUGGGAGUACUCCCCACCUUGUGAUCAACCGGCUGACCAUUACUCACACACUGUGUUUUAUUCCAAGGACAAAGAGCCCUCUUAUGUGAUCAAGUCCCUGAUGUACAACUCACUAUACAAUGUGAGAGUGGACCUUAGCCUUGCCAGUCGCAAUACGAAGAAAAAAUGGUACGGACAAGUCGAAUUUAAAACGGAACUCUGUGAAGAUGUGGACACGAAGACAUACACAAAAUGUAACCAUAACUACGUCGUCAACAAUGGAUCUGCUGUCACAGACUCGAAUAAGCCCACCGGCGCAGACACAGUGGAUGAUGAAGAAGACCCUUUGGUUUGGUACCUAAACAUUGUAUCCAUGACGUAUGACAUAGAUACAGAUCGCGUCACGGCAAACGUCUCCUGGAUGGUGCCAUAUAAUACGUCAUACAUCCGCGGCUACUCCGUCGCCUGGAAACUCGUAGACACUGACUCCUACAAGCUGGACUCUAGCUACAAGCACACAGUCACCAACCACAGUUUCUAUGUCAUGUCCUUAGACCCCAAUAAGGAGUAUGAAGUUCAGGUGGUACCUGUUUUCAAAGAUAACAAUGAGGGCUCCUUCAUAGGAAACAACCAGGAGAGUGAGCGGUUGGUCUUUAACACUACGUGGUACAAGUCUAUGCCUCCGACACCCAGAACGGGCAUGAGAAGAGAUCAACCAACAGUGAAGCAGUCCAGAAUGCAGGGGGUCCUGGACAAGGUGAUUAUUGGGAUUGCGAUGAUCGCCAGUAUCACCCUUCUUGGACUCAUCAUGCUCUUUGUGUACAAGAAACGCCACAGCUUCAAGGACAUCAUUAUCACCAAGUCGACCGUCGCCAAGAGCAACAGCUACAAGUCCAAUGUGGGAUGUAAGGUAGACUACUCCAAUCAGUUACUGGUGAUCAGUGACGAGUGGGAGCUGGAUCCACGCCUACUCAAAUUCAGCAGUCCCAUUGGUCAGGGGGCAUUUGGGAAAGUGGUAACUGGUUACUAUGAGAACCAAAGAGUAGCCAUCAAAUUAGUCAGAGACAGUGCACCCUUAUCCUACAAAGAAGAUCUUUUGGCUGAGAUCAACUUGAUGAAAAGAAUCGGUUCUCACCCCAAUAUUGUAUCCAUGUCAGGGGCCUGCACUCUGUCAGAGCCCAUAGCUCUGGUGAUGGAAUAUGUCCCCUAUGGAAACCUUCAAAAUUUUCUCAAAAAGUGUCGUUUAGAGGGGGAUUUCCAGAAGCGUAUAGGUCGUCCCAGUGAAGUGGUAUACUCCCUAAUGGACGAGAGUGGGGGUAUUGACAGUGGUGUUAUAACUCCGGCAGACAUGUUGUCUUUUGCCAGACAAACUGCCAUGGCAAUGGAGUACCUGGCAGCAAAAAAAUACGUUCACCGAGAUUUAGCAGCCAGAAACGUCCUUCUGGGUUACGACAAAGUUGUAAAAGUUUGCGACUUUGGUCUGUCGAGGGACAUUUACAACGACAACCAGUACCAUAAGAUAACCAGUGGGAAGCUCCCCCUCAAGUGGAUGGCCAUUGAGUCUCUGAGGGACCGCAUCUUCACCACCCAGAGUGACGUCUGGUCCUUCGGAAUCUUAAUGUGGGAGAUCAUCACCAUGGGUGGUUCCCCAUACCCAAAUAUAGCAUUAGCAGACCUUUACUAUGUUCUAGCCAAUGGUUACAGGAUGGAGAAACCCAGUAAUUGUUCAUCAGAAUUAUAUACGAUCAUGCGUCAAUGCUGGAUCGAGAGUCCGUCAGAGCGUCCUAAUUUCACAGACCUGAGAGUUCAGAUAGAACAGUUGUUGUCCAGGGACAGAAAUUAUUUAGAUUUAGAUAACAUAGAUGCUCCUUUGUCAACAUCAGAAAGCAGUAGUUCUCCUAAAUCUGAUGAUUCUGACACUAUGUCUCUGCUCAACACAAGGCCGUCUGCUCACAGGGUCAUUCCCGGGCAGUCUUCAAGGAGACCGGGAACCAGUUCACCGGGCACCAGUCGGUCUGGGCCCCAGAAGACAGUUACCAUAGCGACAGACCCUGUGACUGUUGUGUGUAUUGAGAACUCAGAUCAGUGGUAUAUGAAAGGAGGGCAAUCAGAAACCUCAUCAUAGCCUUUAUAAAAAAUUCUAUGUUUUCUGUUAUGAAAUAUGAAAAAAUUGAAUGACACUGACACGAAACUGCACAAAGACAAGAAUGGAGGAAAAAUGUUCCUCCAAAUGUGCAAUGGUUGUCUUUAUUGUUGACUCGUUGAAGUGAACUGCUCAAUAUUGUGCAGUAAAUAUAUGGACUGUGAUAGCCCAGUGUUGAGAAAACUGUGUUCACUGUGCCAGCACUAUUGUGCUUAGGUGUGCUUCAAGCCAGUGUACCAGCACAAGCACAUUGUGUGUGCUUCUAGAAACUCUAAAAUAAUGUCUUUAAUGAGGCUUGCUGUGAUUAUGUUUAUUUUUUUGAAAAUAUGUCAUUGUUUUGAAUUGACAAUGUAGAACUGUAAAUAUUUAUAUAUUUAUAUUUUGCAAUUAGUAAUUUAUUUUGUUGUUGGGGAAUGUUCUCCAAAUUAUGUGUUUAUUAUGAUAGGGCCAGUACAUUUUUACACUACAUCCUGUAUUAUUAACUGUAUGGGUUACAGAAUUUUGGCAGAGUUUGACCCCUUUCUUGUUUGUUGAUUUGAGAUUUUUUCAGAGACAAGAUUAAUGUGCUGAAGUGUAAAAUAA